UCUCGGCAGACAGGAGCACAACGGCCCAGCUAACUAGUUGAGCUCAAUGCAAAGGCACGAGAUUGCUGACUUGCCGUUGUUAAGGCGUCAAGGACCCAGUUAAACUUGAAAGCGUCCGUUGGCAGCAAGUUGGUCGAUCUUUUGCUUUUUCUCGGUUUUCCCCCAUUUCCACCCUACGAUUGCAUGAAACAACACCAACCUGGUUGAUCUUUGUUUGUCAAUAUCAACCAGAAAACUUGUAAGGAAUUUUGCUGAAAUAUUUGGUUGCCCUUUCUCCUUCUCGGGCAAAUCCAAUUUCUUGAUUUUGUUUAUUUGGAAAGGGAAUUCAACGAAAAUGGUUUAUCAUUCUAGUUUUGUUGAUGAGGAAGGAAUUACUAAAGCCUGUGGCUGCCCUUUACUUCCUUUAAAAAGUCAUAUAAAGGGUCCUGCUCCUGUUUCAGAUCAAGAUAGAACAGAUAUUGUUGAUGAGGCGAUCACAUUCUUUCGCGCCAACGUGUUCUUUAGAAACUUUGAUAUUAAGAGCCCUGCAGAUAAGCUCCUUAUAUAUUUGACUUUCUAUAUAAAUGUAGCUCUGAAGAGGCUUGAAGGCUGUAGAACCUUGGCUGAAGGGACCAAGGCAAUCAUUAACUUGGGCUUGGAAAAGGUUCCGGUGCCAGGAGAAUCUGGUUUUCCUUUCCCAGGGCUCUUUGCACUUCCACAGUCUCAAAAGGAAGCAGAACUGCUCAGGAAUUAUCUGAAGCAAAUAAGAGAAGAAACAAGUGGGAGACUGUUGAGUGUCGCCUAUAGGCCCAAUGGAACUCCAAAUAAAUGGUGGUUAGCAUUUGCUAAAAGGAAAUUCAUGAACAACAUUGCUUCAUGAAAAAAUAACUGUUGUAUAUCCAAUGAAAAGUUACUUGUAAAAGCAUGCUGAAUUUUGAUGUGAAAAGAUGAUAUGUUUUGAAUGUCUGUAACGAAGUUAACUUGUACAUUUCGUUUGAUGGAAAUUAGUAUUUUGUUGUCUUCAUUGCUUCAUGAGACAAGCGAGCAGAAAAAGCAUCACUUUGGCGUCAUAGCCUGCUUGCUGGUAUAAAGCUUGGUUAUGAGUUAACAUGGGAGCUGAGGAUUAUGGAAGUGCUUCCUCUGGCAUGUAAAAACACACCCUUAGUUCUCAGGUCAUCUUCCAUUACCACAUAUGUAUUUCCUUCUUUGAGGCUUCAAAGUCCAUGAAAGCCUAGGACUCCAAGCUGGUCUAUAUGUUGUUUAAGCAAUCUAUUUUUGGCUCUAGCUUUUGCUAUGAGUGAAUGUUUGUUCUGUCA